AUGGCUGCGCCCGAGACGGCCAUGGCGUUGGCAACCGCAGGUCGACGUUCACCACCACCGCCCUCAUCCGCCCUUUCGAAACGAGACCGCAAGCGCCAGCAGCUGAUGGACCGUCUCGCUGCGACGGAUGAGCAGUUUCAGCGCGAGAAGAACCUCACGUACCGUGACCAGCUCCAGCGCAUCCAACUUGACAUCAACCUCGUCCAGAGCUUCGACCCCUACGCCCCGAACGCCCUCGAUGUCAUUGGGGGCGCCCAGAGUGAGCAUGACCAAGUGCAAAGGGAGCAGGCGCAUGACGAAGGAGCACGGAGUCUGCUGGACAUGGCCGGCAUCAAGUUCCACACCUUUAUGACCGAGAUGGAGGACUUGAUUGAGAAACGGGACUUUCAACUCACACGAUCAAAGAAUGAAUACGAUCGCAAAGUCCAAGAAUAUAAGAGCGUCCGCGACUACAAAAUCGAGACCGCCAAGCGUGAGCAUCGAGCCUUGACAGGCACACUCCGCGACCGCCUCAUCAACACCCUCACACAAAAGAAGAAUCGGCUGAGCCGCGAGAAGGAGGUCCUGGAGAUUAACGACUCGAACGCUCUCCUCCUGAACCCCAACCAAUUCAGCAUCACGAACCCAGCGAGCCCCGGCGGCACCCACGGCAAGAGAAACACCCGCCUGCGCAAGGACGUGGAGGACCUGAACAUGUUCUCUGACAAGAAGCGAAAGCGCAAUGCCGGCGAUGAUGACGGCUCCCCGGCGCCGACACGACGAGCGCUCGAUGCCAACAAUACGACACCCCUGUGGCAGUCGGAGAAGGCGCGCGUGGCGGCCAAGCAGAACGGACCUCUCUACAGCAUCGACAAGCUAUUCACAGACAAGGAGCUGUCCAUGCACUACAACACCGCCGCUGUCGCUGCCCACCAAUACAUCCUACGCUCACGCGUCCACGGGAACGGUGCCUCACCAGACGAGAGUGAUUCGGGUACUGGGGACGCCGAGAAUGGCGAGCAGGACAACGAGUCGGCAGCCGCACCCACAAUGGAGCGGCAAGUCUCGCAUGCGACGAGGAGUACACGGGGCGCGGCGAACCAGAACUUCCUCGACGAUAGGAUCCUCGGGAUUGAGGGCAUCGCCAACCUGGAUGUGGCGAAUCUGGACCUGAUCCACGCGCAGGAGCCACCCAAGAUGCCGCCGCCGGUCCCGCAGCAAUAUCUCAAGCCGUACCCACGAUCGGCGGACCAGAACUUCCCCGUUCCCCUGUCCCAGGAAGACGUGCAGUCUGAUCUGGCCAUCAUCGACUGCAUGAAGCGCUACGACAUGCAGAACAACAAGCCAGGCGCGGUCCUCGACGGUGCCAACGGCGUCCGCAAGAUCCUGGAGGCUGUGGCCACGCCCUACCGGAAUGGUCGCUACGUCGCAUUCACGCGCGCGCCGAGGGACGACGCCGAGACAUUCCGGGAUGGACUCGGGCUGCGGGAGCAGGCCAGUCCGAUGCCGCAUGGUGCGGCCCCCAUGAGCCGCCAGAGCAGCCUAGGCGGAGUGGCUAUGAGCCGUUCGGGCAGCACGCGCGGCCGGGGACGUAGGGCGUGA